UUCCUUUCCUUUUUUUUUUUUUGUUUUGGGAUUUUAAGAAUUUCCUUUUAAGAUUUACGCAAACUUCUUUGGCGCGAAAGUCAAAUCCUCCUCUGUAAAGCAAACUAGGGUUUCGAAUUGGAUUCUUGUUUUGGGGGAAUUCUGGAAGCGAAGAGUGUCUCUUUUCUCUGUGUAGCAUUCGAGGCUAGACGAAAAAUGGCGAGGAAGCGCGGUUCAAAGAGAAGACGCAUGAACCAGGACGAACGUAAAGAAGAAGAGGAGGAAGAACAAACAACAGGUGGAGGAGUGGAUGAAGGGAGUGAAAAAUCGGUGGAGAAAUCAGAAAAGUGUCCGGUGGUCGUUUUUGCUCAUGGUGCUGGUGCUCCUUCCUCCUCUGAUUUUAUGGUUCGAUGGAAAGGUAUGUUGGCAAAGGCACUAAAUGCUGUUGAAAUGGUGACUUUUGACUACCCCUACAUUGCUGGAGGGAAGCGAAGGGCUCCUCCAAAGGCUGAAAAAUUGGUUGAUUUUCACCGUGACGUUGUUCAGAAGACCUUGGCCAAGUACCCUGGUCAUCCGCUGAUCUUGGCUGGCAAGUCCAUGGGAUCAAGGGUCAGUUGUAUGGUUGCUGGAGAAAAAGAUAUCACUGUUUCAGCUGUAGUUUGUUUGGGAUACCCACUAAAGGGCAUGAAUGGUGCAUUGCGGGAUGAAAUUCUUCUGCAACUUAAGGUCCCUGUCAUGUUUGUGCAGGGUAGCAAAGAUGGGCUCUGUCCACUAGCAAAGUUGGAAGCUGUAAGGAAGAAAAUGAACUCCAUUAAUGCAUUACAUGUGAUUGAAGGGGGUGAUCACUCUUUCAAAAUUGGAAAAAAGCAUCUGCAGUCUUCAGGAAACAAUCAGGAAGAAGCAGAAGAUAUAGCUGUUCAGGCCAUCGCAAAAUUUGUAUCAAAUAUUAUGAAGGAGAGGUGACAUCUUGCUGCUUAACUGUGUUGACCUUAGAUCAUCAGUAUGUUAUUAGUCCUAAGGAACCAGUCUUCUGAAAGCUUUAUUUUUGCUCAGUAAUGACAUUAGUGCACACCAUCACAGACUGCUUCUUUCUUUCUGAAGUUUCAGUCACAAUGUAAAUUAGUCGUGUUAUGAUACAUUCCCGAAGUUCAGAGUAA